CUCCCCUCUGAAAUCACCACUAUCAAACCCACAACCAGAGAAGCUAGCUAGGUAUAUAGCAGCAAUAAUAUAAUGGGUGAGGCGGCGGGGGAGACGACAAAGAGAAUGAUAAGAGUGAUGGGAGUGGGGAUCCCGGAGAAGGUGCAGCUUCACGCGGCAAUGCUUGCUCUCCAGUUCGGCUACGCCGGCUUCCAUGUCGUCUCACGCGCCGCCCUCAACAUGGGGAUGAGCAAGAUCGUUUUCCCCGUCUACCGCAACCUCCUCGCCCUCCUCCUCCUCCUCCCCUUCGCCUUUUUCCUCGAAAAGAAAGAUCGCCCCCCUCUCUCUUGGAAGCUUGCAGCUCAGUUUUUCCUCCUCGCUAUCGUUGGAAUAACAGCAAACCAGGGAUUCUACUUGGUGGGUUUGGACAACACCUCCCCUACUUUCGCCUCCGCCAUUCAGAACUCCGUUCCGGCCAUCACUUUCGUCUUGGCCGCCAUACUCAGGAUCGAGACGGUGAGACUGGACAGGAAAGACGGGGUGGGGAAAGUGGCGGGGACGUUGUUCUGCGUCUGCGGGGCUUCGGUGAUCACGCUCUACAAGGGGCCGGCGAUCUACAGCCCCGCGCCGCCGCUCGGAGUGGCCGCGCCGGCGCCGGUGAUGGGCGGCGGCGGCGGCAAGAGCUGGACCCUGGGGUGUAUAUUCUUGAUCGGUCAUUGUUUGUCGUGGGCCAGCUGGCUCGUCCUCCAGGCCCCCGUCCUGAAGAAGUACCCAGCCCGCCUCACCGUCACCUCCUACCAGUGCUUCUUUGGCGUCAUCCAGUUCCUCAUCGUCGCCGGCUUCUGCGAGAGGGACCCACACGCUUGGCUCGUUCACUCCGGCGCCGAGCUCUUCACCCUCUUCUAUGCUGGAGUGGUAGCCUCGGGAAUAGCAUUUGCAGUACAAAUAUGGUGCAUAGACCGGGGGGGUCCGGUCUUCGUGGCGGUUUACCAGCCGGUCCAGACUCUGGUGGUGGCGCUCAUGGCUUCCCUGGCCCUUGGCGAAGAGUUCUAUUUGGGAGGGAUCAUCGGAGCAGUUCUGAUCAUAAUAGGACUAUACCUUGUUUUAUGGGGCAAGAACGAAGAAGCAAAGUUUGCCCGGUCCGCGGCGGCGGCUACACAGUCCACGGCGGAGCACAACCGCCAUUUCAAUAAGCCCUCUCUCGCUCAGCCUCUCCUCCCGUCACCGGAAAAUGCUUGACCGGCGGAGCACUAGCUCUGGCGCUUUGGUUUUAUUUAUUUACAUUAGAUAUAUUAUAAUUAAACUGCUUGAAUAUUCAAAGGGUAAAAAAGGAAAAAAACAGAAGAGAAAUGCUCUGUUAAUUUACCUUGUGUGUGUAUGAAAAGCUCCAUGUUUUAGGGUUUUGUUUGGUUCUUCUCUUUUUGGACUUUAGGUUAAAGAAAAGUUGAUAUUGAAUGUAAUGCUUAUGCACUAUGCCAUAUUCCGAGCAAAAUAAGCAUUUAUUUACUACUUAAAUAAGCAUUUGUUUUUUUA